GGAAGGAUGACCGAGGGAGGAUGUGCACCAGCAGCCAGAUCAUCGGGAGCCUCCUGGUGCUCUCCGUGCUGGAGAUAGGGUUAGGGGUGUCCAGCGUGGCCGUGGGGGCGGUCAGUUUCAGCCUGGUCCUCACAGAGCAUAAACCUCAACUGGGAGACUCUUCUCCGUUUCUGCUUUGUGGCAUAUGUGGAAUAUUGUGUGCCAAAAAAAAAUCUGGACUUAUCAUGAUACUUUUUUCUGCCUGUUGCAUCUGUGGACUAAUCGGAGGAAUUUUAAAUUUUCAAUUUCUUCGUGCUCUCACAAAGAAGUCGUCUGCUCUCUAUUCUUUGCAUCUUGCCUCCAUGUCUCUUGCAUGCAUUGGAAUUGGUGGUUGCACCCUUUCUUCAUGGCUCACUUGUCGUCUAGCCAGCUAUGAACAAAGGCGAAUGUUCUCAGAAAGAGAACAUUCAUUGCAUCACUCCCAUGAAAUGGCAGAAAAAGAAAUGACAGACAACCUAAGCAAUGGUGGCCCGCAUCUGAUUUAUAAUGGAAGCGUAUACUAAGAGAUUUUUUAAAGUUCCAUGGAAUUAAGUGGUUUUAGAAUUUUCUUCAGGAAAAUGACUUCAAGGAAUUGAGAGAAUGGAAUUAUCUUAGCUUUUACGGCUCAAGUGUUACAACUGCAGAACAGCACAGUUGCAUUUCCCUUUUAGAAACAUGUUCAAAAUUUAUCUCCUAAACAUUUUUGCAGAUAUACAGUAUUUAUUCACUUCCGGGAUACUCUUUCUUUUUGUCUGAAAAACUUUUCAGAAUUGUGAUAGUAUUUGAAAUAGACUUCUCAAGAUUCUUCUUAUGAAGACUCAAAAACCAGAAAAAAUAAUGUAACUGGACCACGUCUAGCCCAACCACAUGAUUCCUGAAGAGAACAGAAGAAGGCAGAGAAAGGAUGGCUCAGGAGAAUCUUCUUGUCCUCCCCAGUCAGCAGCAUCUGGUGUAAUAUGGUGGCUUCAGAUCCUGUGGCAUGGUACCAGCAACGCAUCUGCACAAGCCUCCUCCCCGCAUUGCAAAUGCAUCCAGCCUCAGUUUGCCCAGUAGAUUGUAUCAAAAAGAGAGUGCAAAUUACUCUUCCAAAACGCUCCCAUUUCACAUGCAGAGUGUAAAUGAACAGUGUGCUGAAAACAACACCAAUGUCUUUGUUUUGAAAGACAGAAUGCUCUAGGAAUGCCAUAAAUCAAAACCUCAACAAUGCC